UGAAGAUCAGAUGAUGAUUGGUAAAAGGAUACUGAAUGUCAAGAUGAGAAAGAAGAAGAAAAAAAGAAGACUAAAUGUGUGAGAGAGAAGGAGUGAUCACGGAAACCUGUUUGCUUCUCUUAUUUCACUUGUUGCUUGAAUAUCAUUUUGUUAACAGUUAUUUUCAGUCAUAGUGAAGGUAAGGUUAAUUUUUGUUUGUAGUAAUAGUAGAAGGUAAUAAACUAACUUUUCAAGCAACUGUUAAACCGGUUACACUGGAUCAGUUUAAAUUCAUUUCAUCAAAACCAAUAUAAUAUUCAUCUUCAUCAUCAACACCAACAUCAACUGUUUAACUUUUGUAUAAACUCUUCUUCUUUUGUUAGCAUCAUCUUCAACUACUUUUUGUGUUUUUAAUGUUGUUUGUUUACUAAUCACUGGAUUAACCAUCAUCUUAUCAUAUACCCUGUAAAAUGGGUAAAUCAAAGGAUGUGAUUAACCCAAAGGGAUUAAAGGAAAAUGAAUCCAAACCAAAGGAAGGAACCAUUUCUCUGAUGGAGGAUUUCAAGAUAAAAGAGUUGGCCUCGGUCAAGGUUUUACUUUUUCUUCAGUCAGCAGGUGACAUGGCUUUGUAUCCAUUUUUCACUCUCCACAUGAAAAGUUUAGGAAUAAGUCUAACUGACAUUGGAAUACAAUUUGCUGUCACACCGUUAGCGACUUUAAUAGCAACUCCAUUAGUGGGACUGCUGGCUGAUAAAAUUGGAAACUUUCGUCGAAUGCUGAGUAUAGCGUUGGUGAUAUGCGCUUGUAUUGCUUAUUUACUUCUUUACGUACCUAAAAUAAAUACUGUACUUGAAUGUGUUCACACUGGGCAAUCGGUGAGGAUGGAGUGUCCAAAGACGAGUUCGGUUGCUGAUCGUGAUCGUUAUUUUGAACUAACCUUACCGAAUUGUCUAAAACCUAUAACGGAAACUAAAUCAGAGCCAGGAAAUGAAUUAGCAAUUGGUAACGGGAAAUAUCGUAAUUUCAAACCAGCCAAUUCAAUGCCAAUGGAGUUGAUCACUUUUGCUGGAUGCAGUGUUUCAUGUGAAAGUUCACCUGGUUCAUUAUGCCUUUAUUAUGAGAGUGAUGGUAAUUAUUGCUUUGGGUUGGAUUCAAGAUCGUCUAAACCAUUUCGACCUGAUUCUUUGGUGAUCAAAUUGUCACCCAAUUCCGAAUUGAUUGGAAACUAUUCAACACCGCGAAUGGAUGCAACACUUCACACAGUUACAUACAAUGGCAACACUUACCUAGAUUUAACUUGUAAAACCAAUGGAUCAGCUAAUUGUUACGUUGACUGUCCACUCAAUAAACCCGGAAUGAUUCCACAUUUUAAACAGAAAAAAAUUCCAGAGCCAAGUUCAUUGCGAUUAACAUUCUGGAUGUAUUUAGUUCUUCGAGUUUCCCUGAUAGUCGUGAUAGCCACCGAAAUGAGUCUAUUAAAAGCAGCAAUUCUGACAUUAGUAGCUAAAAACAACUCUGAAUAUGGUUAUCAAAGAUUAUGGUCAUCUAUUGCAGUUGUAUUUGUCCCGCCAUUGACUGGCAUUGUUAUGGAUAAGCUCAAGAAAAGUGGAGAUAUCGAUGCAUUUGUACCUUGCUUCAUCGUUUACUGCAGUUUCAAGUUAAUUAUGGCAGUUGUUAGUUUCUUCAUUGAUUUAAAUAUCAAACCACCGGCCAUGGAGCUUUGGGGUAAAUUGGGUAAAUUGCUUCGCAAUAAAGAAGUGGCCAUUCUGUUGUUUUACGUAACCUUCAUUGGUUCAACUUGGGGAUUCAUUGAGACCUUUAUUGUUUGGUAUUUAGAGGAACUGAAUGCGUCUCGAUUUUUGAUUGGAUUAAGCUUCUCAAUCUCAGCUAUUUCUGGAAUACCAUUCAACAUCUAUGCUGGAACAAUUGAACGACGAAUUGGUCAUGUAAUGAUAUUAAUCAUUGGCAUAAUGGUCUAUGCAGUCAGACUAAUUGGUUAUUCCUUCGCUCCCAAUGCUUUUGUUGUUCUGGCUUUUGAAACUCUCGAAGGAAUCACCACAACUCUUCUAAUUGUGACUAUUACAACGUAUGCAGCUAUCUUAUCAACUCAUGAACUUUUAGCCACAAUGCAAGCAGCUUGGGCAGCUCUUCAUUUCGCUGUUGGUCGGGCACUCGGCUCAGUAGUUGGUGGCUUCUUAUUUGAAAAUCUCGGUGCUCGUCAAGCUUAUCAAGUUUACGCCUUGGCCUGUAUUGUUGCUGGCACUUCCUAUACAUUUAUUUAUAUUUUUUACCUAAAAGGGAAAGAAUCAAAAAGACGAGCUGAUUCAACGAAAUCCAACAAAGAUGAUUUAAAUAAUGUUGAAGCCAAUGUUGGUGAUAAAUCUGUUAAUUUAGAUGCCCAGUUUGGCUCUAAGAAUGAAAACGGUUCAGUUAAUAUUGCUUUUAAAUCAGACUGAAUUUUUUCAAUUUAUCUCAAUUUUGUAAAUAAUAAAUUACCUAAAUGGAUGCAAAAAUUUAUAAACAAGAGUAAAUUUCAUUGUAAAAAAGAGAAUAAAAUUGCAUUUUUAGUUCAUUA